AACAGUUAGGUGUAGAUUUUAUAAUUGGUUUUUAACCUCAACAUUUAAACACUGACACUUUAACCUGAAAGAAGAUCACUAUUCUUUAUUUAAACAUCUUAAGAUUAUAUAUGGAGGAAAUGCAAGAGGAAGAGCAGGUGAGGAAGAUAACUUGUUGUGCUCCAAUUAACAUCGCCAUCAUAAAGUACUGGGGAAAGUUAUGUGAAGUUGAGAACUUGCCGCUUAAUUCUUCAUUCAGUAUCACUUUAAAUUAUCAUGACUUGUGUACUACUACCACUGUGACCACUGCACCUUCAUAUGUUAAAGAUCAGGUUUAUGUAAACGAUCUGUGGCAGGAUAUUAAUGAAAAUCCAAGGUUGAAAGUUUGUUUUGAAGAAAUGCGUAGACUCGCUAGGAAACAAGCAAUCAGUGAAAAUGCUGCAGCUAAAGAAUUAAUGUCGUGCUCGAAAAAGAUUCAUGUCCAGUCUGUGAACAAUUUUCCUACCAAAGCAGGGCUGGCUUCGUCUGCAUCAGGUUAUGCUGCUUUGACCUUUGCUCUUGGUCAGUUACUUGGUGUAAAGGGAGACCUGUCUGGUGUGGCAAGAAGAGGUUCUGGUAGUGCAUGCAGAAGUAUGUGUGGUGGAUUUGUAGAAUGGCUCAAGUCUGAAGAGUCCAAGAAUAGUACUGCCAAACAAUUUGUUGAUGAAACUCACUGGCCUGAACUACGUGUGUUUAUUUUGGUAGUUUCGUCCAAGCAAAAAUCAUUUGGCAGCACUGUUGGCAUGCAGCGUAGUGUUGAAACAUCUGCAUUGCUUAAACAUCGUAUAGAAAACAUUGUCCCACACCGGAUAAAAGUUUUAAAACAAGCUGUACUCGAGAAAGACUUUUGUUUAUUUGCCGAAAUUUGUAUGAAGGAAAGUAACCAACUACACGCAAUAUGUAUGGAUACAUUUCCACCGUUACGUUAUCUUAAUAAUGUUUCGGAAAAGAUUAUGAACUUUGUUUAUUCGUAUAACGAAAGAUGUGGAAGCACUCGAGUAGCAUACACCUUUGAUGCUGGACCAAACGCUUUUCUCUUUACCCUCGCACCAUUUGCAGAGGAUCUUGCCAACCAAAUUUACCAAGUUUUUCCACCAAGUAAAGACUGCACGGACACUUUUUUUAAAACCACCGAAGAGUUUUCAUUUCCUAAUGGAAAAAUUGUGCCAGAUGUUACAGACUGUGGACUAAUUGAAUAUGUUAUAUGUACUAAACCUGGCCCAGGACCACAAAUAGUUUAAUAGAUUUUGAAUCCUGAGUACUUGAUAUUUGCAUUAUGAAUUUACUUGUUAGGCCAUUAAAUAGUAAUUAAUAAAUGUUCUUCUAGUCCAGUGGUAUGUUUAAACUGAAAAGCAGUAUUGGGAUAUUAGUAGACCAUCACUUUUUCCAAACUGGUAUUUUUAUUAUGAAAUUACAUAUUAGGCUAUUAAAUAAUAAUUAAUAAAUGUACUUCUAGCUACUAGUAUGUUUAAACUGACCAUCUAAUUUAAGCAGUAUAGGGAUAUUAAUAGACCAUCACUUUUUUCAAACUGAUAUUUUUAUAAUGAAUUUACAUAUUUACUUAUUAGGCUAUUAAACAGUAAAUAAUAAAUGCACUUUAGCUACUAUUAUGUUUAAACUAAAUGCCUGAUUUAAGCAGUAUUGGAACAGUAAUAAACCAUUACUUUUUUUGCAUGACACAGAAGGUUUUUUACCAUUUUAAUGUUAAGAACAUCAAUUUGUAUCCGGCUAUUCAAAAGCCGCAUAAAAUAUAACACUAGAACAGCUCAAAACCAACUCCAUGCUACACAUUGUAUAUUCUCAACUGAAAAUGUAAAGAAACAUGUCGUCAAAAUAGCGGAGUCUCUUACAUCAGAACUUAGUUAUUCCAACUCAAUCAAGCGGCUUAAGUUAAAGAAUCAAGCUGCUGUGCUUGUCCCACUAUGUACAGUGAAUGGGGAACUUUGUUUACUUUUUACUGUACGCUCUAACAAUCUUCCUACUCAUAAAGGGCAGAUAAGUUUUCCUGGAGGAGGGGUUAAACAUGGUGAUACAGGGGCAGUUGAUGCUGCCUUACGCGAGACAGAGGAAGAAAUUGGGUUUCCUCGAAAUAAAGUUGAUGUUUGGACAACUUUACCCCAUAUUUCAAACCAUACGCGAACAGCUGCUGUAAUACCAGUAGUUGGUUACCUUGGUGAAGUUAAUAUUGAAGAUAUGGUACCUGACAGAAAUGAGGUAACAGAAAUUUUCACUGUGUCGCUGACCAACCUUGUGAACAAUGCCAGCUAUACUCGAUUUCGAAUCAAGGCCAAGAAACGUUCUGAACACGAUUAUGUGAUGCCCGUUUAUUUCACCCAGUAUAGAAUAUGGGGACUUACUGCGAAUAUUGUUGACACAGUUCUUUCUAUUCUUAAAUCAGACUCGUAUAAUCAACUAGCUGAAGGAAAGUUUACUGUCAAAGUUAAAUUAAGUUCGGAUGUAAAAAUAGGUCUAUAGAAUAAGGUCUAUAUAGAAUAUAGGUCAAUUUGUUUUUACGAUACUGCUUUAGUUCUUUAAUACCUUUAAACAAUAUUUCCUUUUAAGUGUCAAAAUUUAUUUAUUUUAUCAAUUGUUUUAGAAUAAUAAUGUCAAAUUGCUAUAAAAAGCAACAUA